CAGAAGAUUUUCAUUUCUUUUCCAAGCUGCUUUGAAAUCUUUCUAUUCCUGUUUCCACAGAUUCAUGCUGCAGCUUGCACAGAGGACAGACGGAGUGAUUGUAACUAACGACAACCUGAGAGACCUUUCAGACGAGUCCCCCGUCUGGAGGGACAUCAUCAAAAAAAGACUUCUUCAGUACACAUUUGUGGGGGAUCACUUCAUGGUGCCAGACGACCCUCUGGGCAGAGGAGGGCCUCACCUGGAUGACUUCCUGCGCUCUGAGCACAGGACUCCAGAUCCAGGAAACCACUCUUUUGCCUGUGUUGCCACCACGUUCCCUUCCUCCAAACCUCCGCGCUCCCAAACAGAGGUGCUCAACUUUCGCGACCGAACACUGGGCGGAGCCUUAAACACAACAGCAGGUGGAGGGAACCGGGGUAAAGGGAGAGGACAUGGAAAGGGAUGGGACAUGGGAGCCCAGCAGUGGCAGCUUGGAGCUUCUGGACUGGUGUCUGGCGCAAACAGGGGCCCGGAGGAAACGGCCGGCCUGAGAGAGCAGCUCUGUCAGGUUUUUCCGGGUCAGGACAACAUGGUGGCGCUGGUGCUGCAGUGCCACCCGGCAGAGACGGACAUAAACGUGCUGUCUGAUCUGAUGUUGCAGCAGUAGAACUGUACCUCUUUUAGUGUUUUUUUUCUGGGAUUAUUGAGGCUUUUCUAACCUUGAAUUUUCCCCUUGUUUGAUAUAAAAAUCACACUGAACCAUGCAUCUGAAUUAGCAAAGAUUGUAUCAAAAGAUGACGUAUCAGAUGAGUGGUGGAACUUUCUGCUGACUGUCCAAAACACAUAUAAUUUAAUUAUGAUCUUAUGCAUUGAAUAUAGGUUCUUUGUAUCAAGCAUUC